AUGCUCGCUUCUACCAAAACCGUCUCGCCGCCGGCAUCGACAAAUCUCUAUUUCGAGCCUCUGUCCGAUCGUUCUACCCUUGAUAACCCUAGCGAACGAGCGUUCAAGAAACAUAAGGUGCUUCCACACCCGAGAAAUGGUCGAUCUGAGCCCACAGCUGGGAGUAGGCAUUCGCAUGAAAUAUUCAUCGAUACCACGUCAACCCCGGAGUCGCGCAUGAAAGUAGAAGAAUCGCCUACUCCACCGAGUCGCAGCCACGAUGAGAGUCCUAGCGUCAAAGCGCCUGGGCUUGGUCCUGUUCUUCCUCCCACCCCACCAGCGCAUUCGCGUACCUCGUCCGGAAAUCAUUCGAUACGGCCUUCGAGUCCGACCUAUGUCGUUACUCCGGUGCAAAACGCCGCAAACACAUCUGUGAGCACCACACCGAGAACUCCACCGCACCAAGCGAGUCCGCCUACCCCAGACGUCACCCCUCCCCAAGCCGAUCGUGAAUCGAGACCUUCGCGUCCCGUUUUAGCAAAUCGCAUCCCAUCCAAGGCUACGGAUUCUCGUACCAACUCUUUCAUAACAGCGCCGGAGAAUCUCGAUUCCUCAGAGGAAGACAACAAGUCGACACCUAGGGCGGUAUUAUCUUCGGCUAAGGCAGCUCAGACUGUAGCAAGACGUCUAAUUGAUGCGCGGCAAAAGAAAGGGCAGGACAUAGAGUUGGGAUUAGGCCUCGAGUCUGACGAUAAUUUGACACCAAGGACGAAACGAGAGUUUUCGGCUUUUGAUGGUGAAUGGGGAUCUGCCAGCUCGGUUGAGCAGGAAUGGGACCAUAAAUACCACGAUAGGAAUAUUAGAGUGGAGAAGCGACGUGUUCAAGCGAAAGCUAAUGGACAAAGACCCGAAGUGGUCGAGGACGUGACGGUAACUCCGACCAACGCGACGAAGGCUUUAAGAUCAAUGCCCCUUUCGGAUCGACUGCACAGGCAUCCUUCACCACCGUUGGAAGCCGGAAGCAAGGAUAAGACCUGGGCCGCGCCAUCUACUUCCGAGUCUUCGGUAAGCACCGAUGUAAGGCGGUCCUCCGGAAUGUCCUCAAAGUCUACGGUAUCUACGGUGGUGGAGGCUAUUCUGGUCGGAACGCCUCCUCAGAGGCAGAAAACGUUACGUCAUGUGAGGAAGCAACCGAUCUUAAGAGAUUCUAGCUCUGAAAUUUCUCCGUCGAGCUCAUCGGCGAACACGUCGCUGAAUAAUGCAUCAGCCAAUUCAUCACUCCGCCAGAUGGAAAUUUCUCAGCGCGCAAGAGCCGCUAGGAAGAUGGUUGAUGGCACUGUUAAGUCAGAGAGCCUCGUAUCUACGGGGACGGUCAACUCUGUCGCUAGUCGCAAAGCCCGCCGGGAAGUAUGGAAAAAUGGAGGAAUUCCUGUAGUGGUGAUUCCUGACCGCAAAGCUUCCAUCAAAGCCACCGGGCCGCCAUCGUCACUUAGGUCUACGAGUAGUCACCGUACUGGGAGAAGCAAUAGCCUUAGUUCGGCACCGCUCUCGAGUUUCAAAACGAAAGACUUGACUCCCUAUUUUAACAGACCUUCACGAAGAGGUAGGGCCAUGUCAGAAUCGGAAGGCUCAGUCCAAGUGGAAGAAUUAACGAUGGACUAUCCUCCAAUCGUUCCUAUACGUAGAUCAUCACUUUCAGCCCCAACAAGCAGAAAUGGCUCUAGGGCCGGUUCCCGAGCUGGGUCGUUAACCGCGGAGAGUUUGAAGGCGCACGAUGCUUUCCUAGAACAGGAGAGCAAACAGCAACAGCAACACCGCCAACCACCUCAGGUUACGGUGGAACGUGCACCUCCCGUCGAAUAUAUGAGCAGUCACUCCGAUCAGAGACAACUUGAACAGGCUCCAUCCGUCGAGUCGCACAGGGACGUUCUUCAUGACCACAAACCGCUUGUAGACAACAACGGCGACCCGUUCUUCGGCAAGCGCCUAACGGCGCACAACACCCCAUUUUCCCAAGCAUCCGUCGAGACAAACGGGACUCACUCUGCGGCAGAUAUUUCGGAAGCGAUGGCUGUAAAUAUUUACCCGCAUCAAAACAAAUCCGUUUUGAUGGUUCAUCAUAUGUCGAAACCCGUAGAUCCUGUCCUCGCCGCAAACGCCUUGCAAGGAACUGAACCCGCCCAGACGGGAUAUGCCACGGAAACGGAGGUGGUCUCAGACAACCCUAAGAUUACUGCCACUGGUCCUGAUGGUGCGCCUGCGACGCCUCCCCAACAUCAUUUCUUUUCGAUGGACGAUGUAGAUUCCCCCCUUAGAAACCCGCGUGCUCCCCCUGAACCGCCAGCGAUUAAGUUCAUCCCAGCUACGCCAUCCGGACUUACUCCCGCCUCAGAAAAAGAGAAGAUGCUGGGUAAUUACUUUGAAGAGACACAAAAGCGACCUUCUCUGGUACGUCGUGCCUUUAGUCUUCGCAAGAGCACCGACAACGUUCGUCCGUCCGGCUUCUUAUCACGGACUCUGUCUCUUUCGAAAGGAAUUAAGAGAGAAAUUCCAGAAAACCCGACGCUUGAUCAUAAUAAAAGGAAUACCAAGAGACAGCAAUACCCCACGGUUCAAGACACGCCUCCUGACGAGUCGAAAUUGCAUCCAUUUUGGCGACCUACAUAUGACGACGAAUUUGAAGAAUACGACUACGAUGAUUGGACAGGUGAAGUUCCUGCUGAGGUGGAUACACUUUACAGAUAUCCCCCAAUUGACAAUCGCCCGACCCGUCGUAGAAGCUUGAGCGAACGAAUGAAGCGGACAUUUGCUAUAUUGCCUAUCGAAGAUGAGAAUCAUUACACAGUCCCCACCCAGCGUAGUCCAGAACGUCGCACCGUCAAGCGUACACCAAGUGGCAGACUCCGCGUGAUGAAACAUCGUGAUAGCUACGGGAGUAUCAAGUGGAACGGCCGCCAAGAUUCUCAUGAGUAUGAAAACGAAGGUCGACCAUCUACAGCACCCGAGAAUCAGACCCGACGUGCGUGGGGGACGGAGAAACGCGUCGACGAUCGAGGGCGUAGACUCUUCCCCAACUGGCAGGAUAAGCUGGAGCAGUAUAAACCGCAGAACCUGCAGCGCAGGUUAAGCGAGCAUCGCCGACAGAAGCGUACGGAGGUUCUCCGACAAAAGAUAAGUGGGCCGCGCGAAGUUCGUGACGGCGUGGGCGAAGUCAUCAAACGCAACAGCUAUAAGGGACCUUCAUACCAGACCGCCUCACAUCUUCACUCUGCGCCAAACGGAAAGGCAAACGGGUUAACGCACCGUCACCAUCACCGGCACCAGCACCAACCACAAGUGCACCAACGCCGUAGAUCCGUCUACAUCUAA